CGAGAGAGAGAGAGCACAAGCAAAAGCAAAGCAAAAGCAAAAAGCACCGAGCUAAACAGUCCACAGUAAUAGUAUAGACGAGAACGGUCGUCGAUUGUGUUGUGGUUGCACGUCGGGCGAAAAAUGUCGGAUAGUUCCUUUGUCUGUUUCACAGCCAAACGGAGUGCAUAGUUCAAAAUUUAUAAAUGACAUAAAAAUCAAUCAAACAAUCCAUUUCCAUACAGUUUCACAUUAUAUACAGUUCUUCUGUGCACAUUUACAUCAUUCGAUAUGAAAAAUUAGUGCGCCCCAAAAAAGAAUCAAACUGCAGUUGUGGUUUUUAGGUGAUUUUGCCGUUGUUUCGUUGUGUAUCCACACACGCAGAUAGAAGAAGGAAACAUCAUCAUCAUUCUCAUCCAGAAAAAAAAACAGAAAGCAAGAGACAGAGUGAGAGAGAAUCUAGUUAUAAAAAAAAGUGGAACAAAAGUUCAUGAUACAAGAGUGGAAGAACAAGAGAGCAGAAGAAGAUUUUUCUUCGGAAAUUUGUGUAUUUUAUUUAUUUUAUUUUUGGCUGCACCCGUGUUUGCCGAACGUUCUCUCUCUAUCAGCGCUGAAGUGUGUAUGUCGUUAGCUGGUCUCUAAUUGUUUUUUGUUGUUGUUUCUGUUUCGUUCUUUUGUUUAUUUUGUUGUUCUUCGGAAUCGGGUGGUGUCUGCCAAUAGCAGUUGAUUGCUGGCCGUAAGACGACCACAAUGAAUCGAAAUUAAAGAAUGAUGAAGACUCUCAAGACGAUCGACCAAAAUUAAUUUCGAAACCGAUUUGUAUGUUGUUUUCUUUCUACUUCUUCGCAUGCUUCUCGUUCGAAUCGGAUACGAAAGCAAAUCAAACUAGAGUGUAUGUGUGUUCGCUGCAACUAUCAUCAUUCAAGAAAUGAUGUCCGAAAAAAUAUUUUAAAUCGAAAAUAGAGAGAGAGAGAGAGAGAGAGAGAGAGAGAGAGAGCGAGAAGAACGAGAAUCUGUGCUCAUUUAUCAGAAGAAGAAAAAUAAAUAAAUGCGUGAAAAAUUAAACAUCGGAGGUAUUUCAAUUUAAGACUGCGACGACAACAACUACGACGACAACAGGAAAAACAAACUUUUCACCAUCUAUUUGACUGUGAUUUCCAAUUUCUUCGCUCUUCGGUAUAUGCGACGUACAACGCAAAAAGAUAUUCAGGUAAUUUGCUUUAAUUCCCUUUUUCAUGUCGCUGUUUAUGCAGCGAAACGCACAUUUAAGCUAUUUUAUGCGAUGCGAGUGGUAUAUGCAUAUUUUCGUACUUUUGUUUACGGUAACUACGACUGAAUGUAUCGGUAAAGUACAGCCAAGCGCAUAGGAGACAGAGAAUGGCAUAGAGCACAUUUGGAAAAAACAGAAGAAAAAAAUCAAAACAAAUCUAUCGAAGCGGGUCAUCGAUAUUUAAUGAGGUCUUGGACAGAUUGAGAUUCAUAAUUGGCCAAUGCAAAACAAAUGGGCCAAUACAUUUCUUUUUAUUAAUUUCAAGUGGGUUUUCUCUUCUUCGCUCUCAUAAAUUUAUGUCAAAACACAAUGUUGGAUGACCAAGAGGAUACUGCCCUGCCCUUUGCUAUGUUACUACGCUGAAAAAUCUAGCAUUCUGUACAUUGUGUGUUUUUUUUUGGUUAGCUUGUAAUCAAUGCACAACUUUACACCAAAACAGUAGUGGUAACAGCAGCAGCAGCAGCAACAAUAGCGAUAUACCAAAAUAAUAUGCCAUAGAUGUUUGAAUACAUAGCCAAAAGAGGAAUAGAGUUCAAGCCCACAUCAAAAUCAUAUAUACGAAGUAGCCACAGAGACAUGCAUACCCACAGAAUUUAGAACAGAUACUAUGUUCGAUAUACUGAUAUGUACACCAAUACAUGCAAACACUCGAAAAAAUAAAACAACAACAAAGUCAUGAACAGAGUGGUACACAUGCCCUGCGUUAAAGUCAUGGCGGAUACACAAUUCGGCAUAGCAAGGAGACUGGCACACGCACACACCUAUCCAGACACUCAUAUCUACUUGCACACACACUUAUAUAUAUACUGAAAUGAAAAUGCGAUGGUGAAAAAUAUAUAAACUAAAGUGAAUAUGCAUUAUGUUGAGAAAAUUUUGACACUUAACAUCGACAAGGCUGACAUUAGAAUAUUCCGUUGAUACUAUGGGCAUCGCACUGUUCUUAUCUACGAGUUUCAAUGGCCGAAAAAUGCUUUAUUAUUUUGUCUUAUUUUCAUUCGUUGGAAAUGCAUUUGAGUGUCCAUGUUUUUGUCAUUUGCUGAUGCUUCAUUUCGACGAAUAACAACAGCUGAACGGAGUGUGUUGAUGUUGAUGUUUCAUUUUAAUUGCUGACUGCUGCUCGAGCAUUCGACAUACGACCACAUUCAAUGCUUACACACAGAUGCCAAACCAAGAGUUUGCAGGCUAUAAGCAUGCAAAAACAUAUGUCGCAUUGAACGCAAGACGUUGAUGCGUCGACCUACUUCAUUUUGAUCCAUUUAUAUGUUAGAUUGACGAAACCAAAUUCAUAUACCUGAGAGACGUCAACGAAAUACCAUUUUAAUUGUGUACCGGUUUUGUUCUCUCUUUUUUUCCAAUUAUUCACUUUUACCAUUCCGGUUAACGGUUAGAUUGACCAUAAAAUGCUUAAUUUACAUACAUUGGUUGAUUUCAAUUCUUACGCUCACGUCAUAUGUGACGUGGAAAUCGAAUCGCAGGGCAACUUCUUUUUACGCAAAAAUUGAAUUAUCUACAAUGAAAAAAAAUACAAUGUACAAGAAAAAGCAAUUAAUCAAUAUGCGAUUAUUGGCAAUUUGAUUGUGUGAGCGUAAUUUAUUUCAUCAUUAUUUGAGUGGCAAUCACAAUUCGUUAAAAGCAUUUCAUAAUGGAUUUUUGUCAACAGCAGUUUGUUUUUCUUUUUCGUUCUGCGUUCACAGUUUGCCGAUUUUGUCAUCAAAUCAUAUUUUUGAUUCUCUCUCUCCUUCGCUCCCCCCAUAUACACAGUCUAUACCACAGCAUUCAAAUAAACAACACAUUUAAUUAAGUUCAAAGUCGGUUGUGAUUACGAGCAACGAAAAGUGUUUGCUGCCCACGCUUCAAUGACUUGAGUUCGCCCAUCUGAAAAUCCGAUUUAAUUUUUACUGAUAGUAAUUGAAGCAUCGUUAUUGUUACAAAAUGGGCAUCACAUCAUCACACACAUACAACAGUAAUUAAGGCUAAUCUUGAUCAAUGAAGGAACCGGGGACAGCCCCACAUUUUCUGUCAAAAGAGAUAGAGAGAAAGAAAAAAAAAUUAUCGAUGUAUAACUUUACUCGAAAGCAGUUAACUUUUAAACAGUGUGCGGCUCCUUUAACUUUUAUCGCUAUCGCAUUUGUCGUAAUCAACUGACAUUUCCAAAUAAUUAACAUAUUUUUUUUUCAUUGAUUCUAAUGAAUCAGUCGCAUGUUUCUUUCCAAUGGGUGAGGCACUUUUGUUGACGUAUUCCCUAAAUUUAGAUACCUAGAGUUAAAUUAUUAAUCCGUUUCACAAAAUAUUAUUCGAUUAUGAGUGUCAGGCGAUGUCGAAUUCACGCGCUCCACGAAUACUGAUGGAAAUUAUUCCAUGCAAUGAAUUUGUAAAUUAGAUUUUGAGACUAAUGAAAGUUCAUUUGUUGAUUAAACAUGUAGCUGGUUAUUAGUUUUUCCAAUUUUGAUCGUUAGCAACGUGUUACGGGACAGGUGGAUAAGCGGAUUAUUGUACUUGAUAUUUUCAUAAAAUUUGGACGAAUCGAAUGUUGUUUGUUUUUUCUGCGACCUUUAGAAAUGUUAUCGUUGUUUUUUUAGUAGUGUAGAGAUAACGGCUUGUUUUGUUCAGAUUCCAAUUUUCCCCGAAUUCACACUUAUAGAUAUCGUGUGCAGUUAAUUGCCGCACACAUUUCGGCUGAUGUGAAGUGUUGUGCCCAAAGAUUAAGACACAAAAUAAAUCUGGACUACAAUGUUUGCUUACUGUACCGUAGCAUUGACUAAAAUAUUAGAAAGUUAUUUUGAACCUUUAUCCACUCGAAUAGAGUGAGAAGGGAAAAUGAAAUGAAACGAAAAUCUCCAGGCCUUCAAGAUAUCUGUGUGUACACAAAGUUGCAUGACUUCGUAUAAGUGCGUUUAUUCUCACCAGACCGAAUGAAAAGUGUUCACAGAAACAUGACACUAACGCAGUCGGUUUGCGAUUUCAACGAAAAUCGAUAUCGUGUGUGCCGUGUGUGUGUGUGUGUGUGUCGAGACACUUGCAUCAAAGCCAAAUCGGUGCAAGUCGUGUAAGAAAUUUCACUUUUGAAUUAUGAAUAAAGGGAAUUCAACGACUUUAUCGCAUGGAAUUGAUUAUGGGCAUGGGUGCAAAGCAACAAUAAAAAGAAUAACACGGAUGAUUCAUUUUUAAACAAAUGACCAUCGAUAGCAGCAGUUGCACGACAAAUAUAAACAUGAAAUCAAUAAAUAUGCAUAUCAAGUUGCAAGUUCGGUUGCAUGUCAACUGAUGACAGUGCAUAAACAUUUCCUCAGAUUAAAAUCUAAAACGAAGUAGCACAAUUGAAUUGAUAAUUCGCACAACAGACAUACAUCCACCCACAAAUACAAGCAUAAAUCAUUUUCUGUCUAUAUAAUUUUCUAAAAUUGCGUUGCACACACGCAACGCGAAUGGAUUUGAUUAAAGUUCAUCCUAGUUGGGGCUAUCGCUGUCGUUCGGUUGGGGAAUCAUUGAAUUUGAUUGAGAGAAAAAUUAAUAAUAAAAUUGAAAAUCACGUUAAAUUGCAUACGCUCGAUAGAUAAGUCAGCCAUGGUAUUAAUUAAUACGAUGGACGCCAUGAAAUAGUAUGAAAACCUUCACCGAAUUUUAGAAAACAAACUCUUCGCAAUGAAGUCGCAUUUAUUCGCCGCGUCAAAUGGAUACAAGCGAAAGAAAGUAUCAACUUUAAUUGUACAGGUCGUUCGUUUGUUUCGCACAGUCAUUAGCGCUUGUAGUACUUGUGUGCAUAGUUUUGCUAGCCCAGCCUCGUGUUGUCUGACUCUCUGAUCAACAUUCACUGUAAGCACUUGAACACGAUUCCAUAUUCCGACGAAUCGUUGUGUUCCUUCGCAUUUUUUUUUUCGUGAACUAAUUGUACUUAAUGCUAAAGCAGAUUGAGUAGCAAAGGUUUUUUUUUGUGAUGGAACGAAACGUUUCGAAUUGAUGUUAAGCUAGAAUAAUAGGAGAGUUUUUCAAAACAAAAUUCACAGUCACUACAUUUGGCAAUGAGAAUUUCAUCAUCGUGAAAAGCAAAAAAGAAAAAGCAACAACUUCACGGGAUGGAAAGAGCAAGUGAAUGAAAAUGAUCGAAAAAUAUUUGACGUUUAAUGCUUAAAACCGUAUAUAUAUAUAUAAAUUACAAAGUAAUCUCAUCGUGUCGAUUGAUGUACACGCAUGGAAAAGACAUAUAGAUAGAGAAAAGAGAAAAAAAAAUGAACGAUGUGAAGCAAUUUUCAAGAAUCUGGGCAAGAAUAGACAAGUUUUCUGUAGCGAUGUAAUGAAUUUCGUCACGUUUAUUUCGUUGGGUUGGCGUUUUUUUUCGCUCUCUUCUCUCAGUAGGCACAUAGAGGCGGCGUGCAACUUCAUUUUCUGUUGGAUUAUUUAUCAUAGUCAACGAUCAAAUUUGAAUGAGCUACCUACACUUAUAAGUUCACGUCAAACCAUCCAACAAAACCUCUUCUCUACCUCACUCAGUCAAUCAACCAACGAAAAUUAAGUGUUGUUGGUAUUUCGGUCGUUGUUGUCCAAAUGAGUACAGAAAAUAUCAAAUGAAACCGUAUUCAUACCCAAAAGUGAUUAGCCAACCAAACAUGUAUAUUAGGCAAACGAAGAAAUAUAAAAUGCUAAAGAAAAUGAGAAAAUACGAUAUAUGAGUGUCUCUUAUGAUAUUUGUUUUGGAGCCGAAAAAAAAUAACAAAUUUAAAUUGCGUUCAGUCAGGUAUCGCAGAUUUUUCAAUACAUCAAACAGUUGUGAUGAUGUAUUUCUUCCUGCUAUUCAAUUCGAUGAGUCAUUUUACCGUAAGCAGGGUAAAAAGAGUGAACCGAAAGAAAAAAACCACGAAGACACAACGAAUAAAAUCAUAACAACAAAAUGGGAGCCACUUCCAAGAAAAUCAAGAUAAUCGCAUUCAAACCAUUUUAUAUCUGUUGUCACUCUGUGUGUGUGUAUGUGUUAUUUUUCACCGAUGAUCUGAUUGGCGAGAGGUUCACUGAAGUAUCGUCAAGAUGCGCGUGAUAGAUGCUUAAGUUCUCGAUAAAAAUCAUUUUGUGUUACCCUUCAAAAAAAAAAGACUUACAAAAACCGAACUGAAAAAAAUAUUCGUUGUUCCUCAAAACAAGAUUUAUUCUUUCUUUUAACACAUCAUGAAUCAUGUAACGAGUAUGCAAAACCAAAAAAAAAAAAUGAAUGCUUGCAGCAGCGUCUUCCGUUCGGGUUUUUGUGGUUUUUAUUUUUAUAUGGAUUUUCUUACUAUUAUUACUCAUUCAGAAUAUAUAUAUAUCCAUAUUCGUAUGGCUGUUUGAUUGAACGUAGAAGAGAACGCACAAUUACGAAUAAUUGUUUAUUAUUCGGAGAGCGAAUGCCCCGCAGUGGAAGAAUGAACGAACGAACGAAUACAAAAUAUAUUUUAUAUCAACAUUUAACAUCGUUCAUUCUUUACUCCGAUUGCAGUAAUAAUGGGCUGGUAAACAAAUACUUUGCAUUGAAUGAGUUGCAACAAAUGAAAAAAGUAGAAGAGGAGAAGUAAAACAGCAAACAACAGCAAAUAGAAUCAACAUAAAAAUAGAGAGAAAUAGAGAAAAAAAAAUUCGACUUAAACUAAAACAGGUAAAUGACAAGCACGUACAGGUUACAGCUGCUGUAAAUGAAAUGCAAUUGAACGUGCGUUUUUUUUUUCGUUGUUGUUAUUAUUGUUGCUCUUCAUCGACAUCUCUUUCGUUAUCCGCAUCGCGCGAGAACAUAACGAAUACACACAAGAUACAUUUAGUCAUAAUGAAAUGAUCUAUGCGUGUCUCUUUCACUUUGUGCUGGAACAAACCGCUGCACAGAUUUGGUUCACUCAUUCGCACGCAGAAAAAAAGAACACUUUAUUUUUAUCAACGUGAAAUGUAAUUGCGCAUUCGAGUUUGCACUCUCUCAUUUUAACGGUACAUUCGCAGGCAAUGAACGACAACGAAAACAGUAACACAAAUCAUUAACACUAUCACCUGUGUGCGACGCUGCUCUCCGAUACUCCAGUGGUGCACACAAAUUUUGAUGUGAUAUCGUUUGCUCUGAUUUUCCCGUUGCAAUUGCGCUCAUGUUUCGAUCAUCUAUGUGUGAACGUAUAUAUUUUUACAUUAUUCAUGCCCAUAUUUUUUUUUCGUUCGUUUUGUUCGAAGUGUGAAUCAAAACAAAAAGUAUAACUUGCGCAACGAAAGCCCAUAAAAUGAUAAAUUACUUAAUAAUGAAAUGCGCCGUAUACACAGGGAUACACUGAAACCCAUGUAAUCGCUCUGCACUAAAUUUUAUUUACAAAUCACGUGCAUUCGGCCGUCGCUUUGAUUCAGCGGCAGCCCCGUUGUUUGCAUUUCUAAUCCACAAUGCAACACCUAUGGCUGAGCAUCUAGCGAAAUCAUAAGAUGAAACACAUCCAAUGAGAGAAACAAAUUAAUACGAAUAAUUUAUUGAUAUUUAAGAUGGAAGUUAGCGGCAUUGAGGAAAUGACGACGCAUUUUUGAUGUUAAAUUAAGAAGGCAUAUUCCGUUGGUGAACGGUUCUUAUCUGGCCAGAUGAUAGAUAUUUACAUACACAUAACACAACUGAUAAACAACUCGAUACAUGCCGUUUGUCACAUGACUGACAACAGUUUCGGUUGAAACAGGCCCCAUUGCACUCGAUGACAUAAUACUAUUAAACAAAUAACAAACUGCGAAUGACAAAGUCAACGAUAUCAUAAAUAAAUGAUGUGUGCUGCUCGUGUUCAGGCUACCAAAUAAAGACGACAUCAUUACUGAAACUGCUGUCGAACGGUUUUCGGUAUCUUUAUUUAUUUAACGAAAGCAGUUUCAAUGAUUAUUGCACGUUAAUGUCAAGAAUCUGAAAAGAAAACUAUGCACUAAUCCCUCAAUGAAAUGUCAAUGCUGGCGAUCUAUUUUAUCUUAUCUCUUGCUAUUCAACUAAUCUCAUCGUAUCCCAAACAAUAACAUGAUAUUUUUGUCAUAAAAUGAAUUUCCUUUCCACGGUGCGUGAUAAAAUUGGGAAAAUUGUGAAAUAACCGAGGAAGCGUGAACAAUUGAAAAAUAUGUCGUCGAGUAACACAGCAUAGUUUGAACUUUGGGUCGGAAACAUCUAUGCUAGUUGGGCCAUAAAACUACGCAAGAGCAAGAAAGAAAGGAGAGAGAGAAACAAAGAGAAAAAGGAGGCUAAUGCCUGGAAAGUUACAUCGAAAUGGUUACAGAAUGUUGAAAAUGAGGCCUUUUAAACCAACACAGAAAAAGAAUGAGAGAGAGACACAGAGAGAGAGAUACGGGCGUAGACCACAUGCACUUUUUCUGUUGUAUGGCCCAUCAGUUGUUGCUGUUGCUCUUUCGAUAUGUUCAAGGGACUUUUUACAGACAUCAUUCACUAUCUUUGUUUCCGAGGCAGCAUUAUCGCGCCAUUGUCAGGCUUCUCUCAGUUUUAGAUAUAUCUAUUACACUAAAUGCGAUGAGAUUCUAUAUCGUUUCUUCUUUUUCUUCGUUUUUCUUGUUGUUGCUGUUGUUGUUUUCCAUUUACGCUUGAUUCAUUUGUUGCUAAAAACAAAACUGAAUGUCUCCUAGCUUGAUUAAAAGUUUAAAUACGUAUCAACGGAUACGAUUUAAAAAUAACAACCUUUUUACACUGCACAACACAUCGUAUUUUCAUUUGAUUCUUUUCCAUUUUUCUCUCUUUCUCAUUUUAAUGGAGAGAACAAGAAAAAAAUGAGCGGCAUUUGUGCAUUGUUGUUCGAAUAAGGUUUCGAAUCGACCUUUUAAUUUAAUCCGAACAAUCAGAAAACAGAACAUAUUUAAUCGUUUUUGUUCAUUGUGCUUAUGACAGAAUUUGGUUGUUGGCAUCAUCGCACAGUUUGCCAGACUGAAAAGAGUGCGAAAAGAAAAGCUUGUGCCGGUUUCACGACCGAACGGAGAAAAGAAAAACGUAGCGCUAAACGUGAGGAAAUGUCACUUUGAGAAAUUGCAACGAUUGCUCCGUAUGUUACAAAUGGAUUGAAAAUGUACAGCUACGGCAAUAUGAUCUGGGUUUAUAAAUGGAAAGAGAAAGACAAUUAAAUAUUGCCAGUGUUCAAGUGACACGGGCUGUCAAAUCAGAAAUCGUACAUAUCAUUCCAAAUGGUAUCACUAAACGCUUUCUCAAUAUAGAUUUAUAUUAUAUAAAAAUAUAUAAUUCGAUAACUCCGAUUUUCAAGAGAAUGUGUUCAACUGGCCCCCGUUGUAGAGACAGAGAUGGCGAGAAAUUUCUCUUGUACCUUGAAUUGGUGCACGAUUCAACCAGUGCAUCGGAGUCAUGAGUUUUCUUUUCGAUUUAGAGUUCAUUCAAUUUUUACACUUGUGUGAGAAAAGAAGCAAUGACCAACUUGAGAAAUGGUUUCAGCUAAUUGUUAUCCAAUUGUGAAACUAGUUGCUAUGUCCAAAGUGACUGGUUUUGUUUCCUUAUCGGAUGGCGCGUUUGCCUGAAAACAAAUUAUCAACUUUCAAACGAAGACAUUUCCAAGAAAGUGCUUGCUCUCAUCAUGAUACAUUUAGACCGACCAAAAAAACACACUAAACGACAACACUGAACUGCAGCACAACAAUUGAGGAAGAGAUACACUGUGAAAACAAUUGCUGAUGGAAAAAAAGUUUUCCUUGUUUGUUCCUCGACUUACUCGAUUUAGUUGGAUGAUCCGAGAGAUUUUUCAAACUGUUUUCAUUUUUCUCUCUUUUCUCGCUGUGAAUAGCAACAAUGGCCACAUUUGGAAUCAAUAUAUGAAUGGCAUGGCAUGGCUUGUUCCUAUUUUUGGAGUCAAUUGUUACAUUCGUCCCAAUUCAUGCAUGAAUUAAGAUGAAUUUAGCCAUUUCGAAUUCGUAGCCGGAAUGAAAUGAGAUCAAACGUACGACGAGAUAAAGAAAAUGAAGCAUAAUUUUCAAGAAUCGGACAAAAGCAAUGAAGAUGAAUUUGAUUCCAUUUCAACGGAAUUUAUCCAAUUUCUUAUGAUUAAAUUGGUUGGUUGGUUGGCCGAUCUGUCGAUCACGGGCAAAUGAACAAACGAGCAAACUGUAUCCCGCAUAUUCGUCGUUGCCUUAUGCCUGCGCGAACUCAAAUAUUAUUACGUAGCCGAAACGAAUGUGUGUGCAGAGAAUGCUGCUGUCAUGUAUUGGCUUCUCAAAAGGCUUAUUUCGUGUUGUUCAUUGACAGGAAAUACAAUCUCUAAUCAGACAAUUGCUUUGUGUCGUGCACUUGCUGCUUUGCCAACCAUCCGAAUGGAAAGGCAUUCAGGCGAAUGCAGGUUGAAUGCGGUUUUGAAAGACAUUCACACAAUGAACGAUAUUUGAUUUGAAGAUAAAAACUAAGAACAGUUUUUUUUAUAUUGAAUGUUCAAAGGUACAUUAAGGCUAUUCUCUGAAUUAAAUGCGUCAACUUCAUAGGGCAAAGGCUUUCACAACUGGAACAUUUUUGCCAUAUUCAUUUUUUCAUCAGUCGCGAGAAGUCAACGCUCAUCCUCGUUGCAUCUUCUUUCAUUACAUUAAUUGUUUGAGUACCCAUAUCAAGUGGACGCCCAACAUAUGGAAUAUAUUGUUAAUUACAAUUUCAUUUGCUGUCGUUGUUGCUGCUGCUGCGAUCGUGAGAGAGUGAAAAAUUCAAUGGCUGAAAAAUGUGUGAGCUGUCAGUGCUAUUGUGUUCGCAUUUGCAAAGUAGGAGGUCGAAUUUAUGCACGUUUUUUUCUCUCUCUCUCUCUCUCUCUCUCUCUCAUUUCUUGCUGCUGCAUAUGUUUUAUAAUCGCAUUCAAAUAGCUUCUGGCAGUUAUUGCCAUCGCUGCUCUGUGUGCGUAUGCGCUAGCAACCAUGUGUUCCAUUCUCUCUUGCUUCCAUCCAGUGGGUUUGUGUGUGCGCGACUCUAAAUUUUCACUAAUUAAUUGUAAUAUGAAAAAUAUUUAACGAACCAUUUCAUUCCGUUGCAUUUGUCUUUCUUUAAGCGCACAUAUUCUCUUCUCCGUUUCGAAAAUUAUCUGUUGGAUGGUUCCGUGUGUGCGAUGGCACAGCGCCUUCUGCUAUUACGGAAAAUUAGUGAUUCGCUUUUUUUCCCUUGAGUUCAUGCUGAAUAUGAAUCACAUAAGCCAUAACUUGGAUGUGUGCUGGAGAGUGUAAUUGAACUUUGUGACGGUAAUGCCGAAAACACAAAACGCCAAGAAACCCAUGAUAAAUGGGAAAAUCAACCAGAUUGACACGCUAGAAAAGACGCAAACAGAGACAAAGUGAAUGAAACAAAAGAUUGGCUAUUGUAUAAUACUAGAUUCCAAUAAACCAGUCUAUUAAUAAUCUGCGAUAGUUUGUGCAUUUCAAUUUUCAAGUCAGACUCUUAUGCCUCUCUAGCCACGGCUUAAAAAUGCAAAUGGAAAAAGACGACGAAUUGAUAAUAUAAGAAAAGAAAAGGAAAGAAAAAAAACCCAAAGAUAAUGGCGAACACCAGAAACGUUACGUGUGAGAUGCUAAUGACUCAACGCUGGCCAUUUACUUCGUUGUUGUUGUUAUCGCUGCUUUCGUAUAUACUGAUUAUUAUUCAUCAGUAUAUUGAGAACAGAAAAAUAAAACAAAGAUUUUCCUAUCUCACAUUCUCGCGCCCGUUCGCAUCUUUCUAGCUCAAGCGUGGCAAAGAUUCGAUCAUAAUGUACGCUUGAAUUACAAGAACCGUUUAAAAAUUAAUUUCAAUCAAACGAACGAGUGAUGACGACGAGAGUGUCGCCCGUUUGCAAGCGCGUUCACUCGCUUGCUACGUUGCCCCGUUACAAUCGCAGGCAAAAAUAUGACAAAAAUAAAUUUCGUGUUUAAUGCAUUAGAUUGGCAACGGUUUUACUUUUUUUGCGUUUGAGUUGUGUUGCCGCAUGUCUAACAAGUCGAAACAACGUGUCGCUAUCAACUCUCUCACCGUCUGGAUUUAAAAUGUUAGAAGAAAAAAAAUCAAAAAACGGCAACGUCCACUUUGAAUUUUACAUUAAUGUGUAGAUCGUCAAUGUGAUUGCGUUAUUCACGAUUUUAUGUUUUUGGCCUUUGUUACGGUCGCUUGAUGCCCGAGUGUUUGUGCCGUUUAAGUGCAAGCCAUAUUUCGAUCGACUCGAAAAUUUAUUAAAAGCGGCAAACGGGGAAACAAGCAGCCGCACCACCACCAUCGCCAAAUGUUCAAUUCGAAUUUAAUUUUGCCGAGCGCAAUAACACAAACGAAUUACAGCAGUAGCUGGAUGGAUCGAUGGCAAUAAUGAUUAUUUCAUACAUUGUAUGUUCAUCAUUGAAUAGUUUUUUGUUCGCCAAAAAGGGAACGAAUUGUGUUAUUUUGCCGCUGGACGAAUUAUUAUUGACUAGAAGCAGAUUUGGAUUAUUGAUUCGAGGGAAAAAAAGGAGUGCAAGAGAAAAAAAAAGAGCCGAACUCAAUUUCGGCCCAAACAAUAUAGCCCGAAACCAAAGCAAUAAAUUCCGCUUUAUUGUUUCCAUUUGCUCUCGCCAGAAAAAAAAACACACACACACACACACCGAGUUUGAGAGAAUUUCACAGACCCAAACUUCCGUACCGAAAGAACAAUCACCAACUGGACAACUUCCGUGCCAAUUCAAAUUUACUCACACAACAAACACUCCCAUUUGGUUUUCACAGUGAUUUCGCCAGCCAUAUUUCAAAUCGAUUUCUAUUUCGAUUUGGAAAUUUAUUUUUUGGAUGGAUUUAAUUUUGAUUUGCACAAGAACAAUGAAACAACAACAACAACAACAACAACCAAAUUGCCGAGUACGAAAUCAAAAUUAUUGAAUGGAAAAAAUCAUCGAGUCGUAUUCGCUUCGAUGUGCCAAACCGAUUUGGGUUGCAAUAUCAUUUUGUAGCUAUUAUGAUGUACAAGCAUUCAAGAGAGAUUUCAGUACAAGAUUACCUCAUUAGCAAUCAUUUAUUCCAUCCGCAUGUCUAGAAACUAUUACUUUGCGCCAAAUGUUUCGUAUAUGCUUCAAGACUCAAAUGUACGGCACGGUGCAAAUAGCCACUGAAGUGUGGUGACUACCUUGACUGACCUUCAUUGCAGCAAGUUUCGACGGUUGAACUAAGCGAAAUUUGAUCUUCGAUACAGCACCGAAAAAAUGAAGAAGAAGAAAAACGAAACCAUAAAGCGUAUUGAAUUCAUUCUAUCCGCACGUUGAACUACGCGAAAUCGUGCACACAUACACGCAAAAUGAAAACGUCACACGGAACCAGCUGAAUCGAAAAUCUGUGACCAUUUUGAAUGGGCUUUUGUUUUGUGGUCUAAAGUUGGCAUUUAUCGACGAAACGAUCGUUAAACCCAUGGAAAUUUCAUGGUAAUCAUUACGUUUUGAACUUCACUUACAAACACACACACAACUCGAAGUAUACACGCAUCAAAUGGACUUAUAAAUGCUUGUUUCACACGUUAUUAUUCAUAUAGCCGACGAGAUUUGAGCGCAAAAAUUCAAGUGCAUGCUUCACCAAGUAGAAAAUAUGCUUACAUUUCUGUCUCAAUACUCUCACUAAUUUUGUUUUUUUUUUCCUUUCGUAUAUUUAUACAUAGCUACAUAUAUAUCUAUUUCCGCUGCUAUGUAUAUCACAUAUAUUUGUUGAGUUUUUUUUUCUUCGAUUUUUUAUUUCACUAAUUCGUGCGUCUUCGUUUUGGUUUGUUUGUUGUGGCGGUUUUUUUUCUUGUUGUUUAUACAAAAUGUUGAUAUCGUUUUUAUUUUCGUGUGUGGGAACUAAAUCAAAACGACUGACAUUGAACUAGUGAGCACAGUGCCCGUGGCUGAAUGAAACAAAAAAAAUCAAAUAGCGAUAACAUAAUAUGCAUUGCGAAUUUUAUUAAUUAUGUUGUAAUAUCUGAAAUUGACUCUUUAUUAGUCGCAACCAUAUAUACCUAUAUGUGUUCGCGCAAAUAACGCAUGAUAGAAUCUGAAGCGCGGCAGAGUCGAUCGAAUUACAUGGAAUGACACAUAGUUGAUGUCGAUUUAUUUGGAGCACGGGAAUCUCAUUACCGCACAUGUAGUUAGGUGCACAAAUUGAAUUUGCUGGCUACAUGAUGAUGGCACGAAAAUCAGGUCACACUUCAAUCCAUGACGUGAAAAAAUGGAACGUGCCACUCGCUACUACUGUGGCAUUUCCUGAUUGAAAUGCGACGAUAUGCCGAAUGAAAGGAUGCCCUCAAACCAUUUUGUCGAAGUGUUUUGCCAACGAAACUCCAUGCCAAGAUUUUUAUGAUAUCUUUUUUUAAUCGCUGCAACGUCAACGUUGCAUAAUACUCGAUAUAAUGAAAUUAACGAGAGGAAGACAGAAAGAGAGCGAGAGGGGAAAAAAAUGGAACAGCAAAAUGUGGUGCGCCCUGGUACAGUACACAUACAUGAAAUGAGAGCAAAAAAAAAGUUUGAUCGUUAAGUUAACGGGAGUUUGUGCCACUUCGGAGAAAAACGUUUUUUUUUUCUAUUUAUCGGCAAAGUGCGAAAGUGUCAAGCCGUUUAAGACAAAUUGAAAAGAACCAGACAGAAAGAGCGAGCGACAGGGAGGACGAGAAAUAAAAAUGUCGCUUUCCAAAUUAAGAGCAAUUGUCACAAAUUGCGUUUGAGCACUGCGUUCAUGACUGAUGAGUAUACCACAUCCAACCCUCAAACGUUUUCUUAUUUCUCGCUUCAAAAAAUAACUUGAUUACAGUAAAUUAAUUAUAAACUAAGCAAUCAUCGUUCAUUCUCAUUCUUUGGCGCGCUCUCACAUUGAAGUGAUGAUAGAUGGAAUGAGGCUUAGCUUCUGAUACACUUUAUGUAUACCUACACCCAAACAACAUACGAAAGAGGAGGAAAAAAAACAACAAACAAUUCGUAUAAACUCCAGCAAAAGACAGCUAUUUCAUUGCAUAUUUCUAAAACGUUUACCUUUUUCUGACACGAGUGUGGUGCUUUUAAUCUCUGUUCAUUGUAUUAUUAUUAUAGUUACCGCUAUUAUUUAUUUUUGGUUGGCGCAAUUAUGUGAAUUAUAUCUAAAAAAAUUGCUUGACAAAGGCAAAACAAAACGCGCAAGCUCCCAAGAGAGCGAAGAGAAAAAACGCACAUGAAAAAAGGUGUACCGAGCAAAAUAUGUGCCAUUAGACGUAGGUUUUGUUGCAUGAAAGGCUUGCUCACCUUAUUUGCUCGAAAUCACGCUUCGUUACACGAUCUGGGUGAGUAGUGCAGCAUCAACAAAAUACAAUUUAAUCGCAAUUUUUUUUCGGAAUUCAUUCAUAUGUUUGAGUUGAAAAAAAAAAUUGUUCAAGUCUGAUCUGGGCACAUGAACGAGUGUUUGGCAUACACACUGCACACUAUUUAUGUAUCGUUGAUUUAAAACAGGCGCGCGCGUGUUUGUGUGUGUGUGUGUGAGUGAGUGAGUGCGAACGCAACCAACACAAUUCGACACAUAUUUUCUAUUUACAUGUUCUAAUUUUGGACAGUUUAAUCCACACGUUCGGCCACGCAUAAAUAGAAAUUUCCUCUUUUUCAAUUAAACGACUUUUGCAGUUUGUUCGAAAUCAUUGAAUUGAAUCGCAUUGUAUUUUCGGUUGCCCGAAUUCAUGAACAAAUUGCUGAAUAAAACAAAAAUGGCCGCAUAAAAAACGUUGCGGUGAUGUGCCGAAAAAGAACAGUAUAAACCGUUCUAAAUUCAAUACAGAAGCGAGAAUGGAAGAGAGAAAAAAGUGUCUGUAAGUGAUUGAUGCCAUGCAAAGUGGGGAUGGGUCAUUCAAAUCGUCAAACAAAGACACACAAUAAAUCGAAUGGAAUAGAAUGAUGGCGAAAGCGGUGAACCUGACCGUUAAAAAAAAUACCAAAAUUGUUAGAAAUUGUAAUUCAAUCGUUGUUUUGAAACUGUCUACAAAUGCCACAAGCAGUGCAAUACGCGAAAACAUCGUAUGCAAAGUACGUUUUCGGCGAAUGCAUAAACAACGGAUGUCGACAUGGUGUAUAUUGUGCUCUAUACUUUCUCUAGCUCAAAGAAUUUAAAUUCGCUUUGACAAAUUCACCGGAAUGCUGUCGUAAAUUGUUAGAUUUUAAAAUUUUAUUGUCACUCACUCAGGAUUUAUGGGCUACACAGUUUUGAAAAUAUAUGUGUUUUGGUGCAAAGUUUUGGUCAUAACAAGAUUUAUGUUGCAAUUGACGUUGUCCGAAAUUGCUGCUGUUGCUGUUCCAAAUUCGUUGAAAAUAAGCCAACUAACGCACUUGCGCUACUGACACUGUUGCCAAAAGUAUAAAUUAUAUGCGCUGAAAAUAACCCAAAAUAUUGGGCGUCGAAACAAUUGUACGCAUUUUUUGGCCAUUUUCGAGGUGCGCCUGUGAUCACAACAAAAAUACGCGACGAUUCGAUGACAUUAUCCAUGAAAGUGAAUCACUUAAAUGUCUGGCGAUUUCACUCGAAAGAAAGUGCCAACAAAAGGAAAAAAAACAAACAAAUACACUCAACGCAAACGGAUGAAAAAAGUGAACGGGCAAUUAUAAUGUGUACAAUUCAUUUGCUCUAUGAGAUUUCUUUAUUUUGUUGCUGUUGUGUGUGUCUGCGCGUCGUUUUUUUCCCCUCUUUUUUGGUAAGAAAAAUCGAUUUCAUGUACGGCCUUUCCAUUGACUGACUUUUUUUUGCCGUUUUUAAUAUUUCAUCAAAUUCACAACAGUAAAAUUACCAAGUCAUACGCGCACUUUUUUUACGCACUGCCCAAAAUUUGUACACAUAAACGAAAUAACCAAACAAUACGAUCUAUUGUGAUUAUUUCGACGGUUUACUCACAACAUCCGCAUCAAAUACAAUUCCAACCAUUGACAUAUAUAUGUAUCUGAUGAAGCCGAAUGAAUGGAAGAAAAGACAAAAAACAGAGUCAAACCUUUGGGCAAUUGAUCCGUUAGAAAACGUCUUUUGCUCGACUUUCCGUCAUUAAAAAUGAAAGCGACCCUCGUCUACGUCCACAUGCGCUGUAUCAAUACACUUCAUACACUCGACUCUAUCGCAACUCGUUUAUAUGAUCGAAUUACAAUCAUUUGAUACACAAUAAUGGCGAAUAAUCUCGAUUGAAAUUGAAAUGAAACGGUAUUGUGGGGAUUAAUCAUUCCGUUAAAAGUGAUUAUAAAUCAAAAUUGUAAAUACAAACAAUAUGAUUCACCUCGAAGCCGCCGGGCAUAUGAUUUGGAUUGCAGCACGAAGAUCUCAAUUUAAAUCGUAAAACAAAAACGACAAACUAAAACAAAAGGAAACGAGAAGAAAACGUUCAAAGACAAUUUAACGCAGAAUAAUGGCAUACAAACAAUUGAAAAUGGUCCCGUUGCACACAAUGCUCAUCAUCGUCGGUGUAGUGCUAAUUGGUGCACUGUCAUCGAUGACACUGGCUACAAAUGCCGACCUACAAUCACCCCAAAACACACGCAUCAUUCAAUUUCGCGAUGCAAACUUCUCGGUAUGGAAUGAAAAAGUCAAAUACAACAGCACUGCCAUGACGAAUCCAAAGGGUAUGGAGCCAUUGUACAACCUUACAACCAUUAUUUUAGACUUUUUCCUCGGCAAAAAACCAGUCCCAGAUGGUUACAUUCAUGUUUCGAAUAUGAAUGUGACGCUGGGACAGAAAGUACGUGAUCAUCAAUGGGUUGAUUUGGUCAAGCAUUAUUGGGCGAUUCUGCUGGUGGUCUUCAUUGCCGCACUAAUGAUCGCAUUGAUGCCAAUCAUUGGAUUGUGUGUUUGCUGUUGCCGAUGUGCUGGUGCUUGUGGCGGUCGUUCUCAGCCAUUCGAUAAGAAACACGACACGUGCCGUCGGAUUUUCCUCGGCUUCUUCUUGAUCGUCGUCGCGACUGGAUUAGUUUUCAGUGUGAUUGUCGCAUUCGCUACAAACUAUUUGCUACAACAAGGUAUUGAAAAUGCAACGACAACCGCACGAUAUGGUGUGUCCGAUACACAGGAAUUCCUACGAUCAACAUCGCUUCAAUCGAAUCACAUUCUGGUGAAAAAUUACGAUGAACUCACCGAUCAUUUGGAACUAAUGCUAAUGGAUACUGCCGAAGUGGUGAUCACCCAGCUGAAAGAGAAAUCGAAGGCGGUUUCAUUGACUCAACUGGCUACAUUUGUCGAAACGCUGCCGCAAAUCGAACAAGAUUUACAUCGGAUGAAGGAAAUUACGGGCCAACUGAGAGUGAACGCAAGUCAACUGAGUGACGGUUUGCGAGGCGUAAAACGUGAAUUGCUGUUAGCAUUAACGAAAUGUCAGAGAGUUAAAGCUUGUCAAGAGGUUCUCGAAGAGUAUGAAAUCGGAAAGCUGGAUGUGAAUGGCAUUGAUUACGAUCAGUUGCCGGAUGUAAGCGAAAUGAUUGCCAGUGUUCAUGAUUUGAAUUCGGGACACACAAUUGAUUCAAUUCGACGCAGCCAGCAUACAUUGGAGAAUCUGCGUGAUGACAUCAAUCGAACCAUUUACUCGAACAUCCCGCAAGUGACAAAUUCGAUUCGUAAAACGGGCACGGCCAUGCGGAACAUUUCAUCGGAAAUUCAACGUACAUUGGCUCGAUUGUCGGAUGUGACCGGUCAAACGAAGCAGCAUUUUAACACGGCCGAUGUUUAUAUCAAAGAAUACUAUAUCUACGUGUAUUAUGCAUUGCUUGCUGUGUGCUCCACCCUCUUGCUGGUGCUAAUGUGCAUUGUUUGCGGAUUACUUUGCGGUAUUUGCGGCAAACGACCAGAUGGCUAUGGCGAUGACUGCUGCAAUAAAGGAGCCGGAGCACGAUUUUUGAUCCUCGCUGUUACUGUCAUAUUUUUGACAACAUCCAUUUUAUUAGCGGUUGGAAUUGUCAUUUUCCUCGGCGGCUUGAUAUUGCAUCGAGGCGCUUGUGUGCCAUUAAAUAAUCGAAGUGACGAAGUGUUCAAGAAUUACAUCGAUCCAGUGAUUGACUUGAAUACAGUGAUUUACGCCAAUGGACAACGGAUGAAAAUUCGUUCACCAGAAAUUGAACCCUUGAGAAUAUCCCAAGUGAUCGAUUCGUGCCAUCGUAAUAAUUCCAUCUAUAAAGUGCUCAAUUUGCGAAAUUAUUAUGAUAUCUACGAAAUACUAACGUAUCCGGAUAGAUUUGAGAUAAAAUCCCAAUUACAGAAGCUCGUUCAAAGUGUUGAGGUACCAAGCAUUGAAAUACACGUUGACGAUGCAAUUGUACGACUUGCUCAAUCCGGUCUCAAAGAUUUUGAUAUCGAUAAAUUUACCGAUAACCUAAACGAAGAAAUCACAAAACGUAACCUCAACACAAUUGCCCAAAAAUUGGAAGAAACUGCCACGAAAAUUUCCUCAAAUUCCGAAUACAGUGACAUUCGGACGAUUUUAAAGAAUCAAGCAUUGCAUUUGCGCGUCUAUCAAGAGCAGUUGGUCACACCAAUGACAGAACAAACGAAAGAAAUGCUCAUACUGUCACGUCGCCUUGAGGAAAAUCUUAAAUUCAAUCGUAGCUCAUUCAAAGUGGCUCUCGAAGAAUUCAUCCGUGAAAUUAAAUUCGCUCAAGAUUUUAUCAACAAAGAAGGGACGGAAUUUGUACAAAAGGUUGCAAAUGAGUUGGUCAUUGGUUUCGAAGAGGAAAUCAACGCAUAUUUAAAUCAUGUGGUCAAUCAAACCGAAAACGAGCUAGGCCGUUGCGGUCCACUGGCAAAUGUCUACAAAUCGGUAGUCGUGGCCGGUUGCAAUCGAAUUGUUAAUCCUUUGAAUGGAUUAUGGGCCGGCAUCAUUACGUGCAUUCUCCUAUUUUUACCGGCAAUAAUAUUUAGUUUAAAGUUAUCUAGUUUAUAUCAAAAAUCUGACCCGUAUCCCGGUCCAUUGGUCGAAGCAGAAUAUUUGUAUGAUGCCUACAGUGAACGGGAUAAUAUUCCAUUAGCGAACAGUGGACCGAAGAAUAAACGACGAAAAAAUGAUCGUCGUGUUUCAUCGCGAGACCGUCGGGCUGAUUACUAUGAAGACUCCGGUUCGCCACAUCAUGAACAUCACACCGGCAGUGGAUCACGUGAGGCACGAUACAGUGACAUGGCUCCAAAACACUGGAACGGUGGACCACCACGAUAUCAAAACCCACCGAUUGCGCCGCCAGCGUCGGAAUACGAACGCCCACCGCCAUACUAUUAUCCAGGCGCUCCAUCUGAGGACUAAAUUAUCUGCCAAUCAAAACAACCAAACCAAAUCAACUGUUUUUGCUCCAAAUGAUUUUCGUGUGUAGAAAAAAAAAAAAUCAGCAACAACAAAACAAAACCGAAUCAAUUGCUUCGUCACAUUUAUGGAAGGGAUAUGAUCAAGCUGAUGUGCGAAAUGAAGAAAAAAUUAAGAAAUAACAAUUUGGGCUUAGGACGCAUACGCGAAAAUUCCAUAAAUGUGUUUCAAUCCAGGUUGCGAUUCCAAUUUGUCGAAUUAAUCUACCAAGGUUUCUAUACGUAGAACUUUACAAAAAAAAAACAAGAAGAAGAAGAACAAGAACAAAAAAACAACUAUUAAAAAAAUUACUAUUUGUGUUUUACAAUUUGAACUGCAUUACUACAAAUUGUAUGUAUUAAAAUUUAAGAGAGUAGGUUUAAAUGAGAAUCAAAGUAGGCAUAAAUAGUAUAUUUCCCUCGAGCGAAUGAUGAUUGCUCAGCUCAAAAUGCAGGCCAUCAGAAAGAAAAGUAGUAAUAAUUUUCCGUUCUUUUUUCUUUUGGAUACACAUUUUGCUUUUUAUUUGGCAAAAUCAAAACGAAAAAAAGAGAGAAACAUACACAUAGAUUUUCUAAAGACAUUUGAUUUGCCCAGAGGCAACAUGGUCACUGUCGGCGAUUACCAUUUUCUUGCAGACAAAAAAAAAGCGAAAAGAAAAGGGAAUCAAGAAAUCCGCUCAAGUGGCGCACGCAGAAGAUUACAUUCACAACUAUAUUUUUGUAUAAUUUUCACGAUGAAAUCUGAUUUGAAGCUAAGCAGUACUAAAAUCUGAUGAAAAAAAAACCAUUCAAAAGAAA